AUGUUGAUUGUUGUAAAGGUCAGGCAGAAGGGUAUUGUUGCGGAGAGACAGUCAAGGAGGGAUGAUGAGGAGGGAGGAGAGGGAGAAGGGGGAGAUUAUGGAGGAGAUGGGGGUGGGGGAGGAGAUGGGGAGGGAGGAGAUGGAGACGAGGACAUAGACAUCGGUGGAGACACCGAGUCUAACAACAAUGGAUAUGAUGAUGAUUCGACUUUAGGAUCAACGAGCAGCGAGGAUGGGGAUUAUACUAACAUGCCCAAGUUGGAGGAUGUACCAGUUGCAAAGGGAGGUGGGGAUGGAGGACAGGGUGGUGAUGGAGACGAUGAUGAUUCGCAAAUUUUGAGAGAAAGGAUUCAGAGUUUGGAGGAUGAGGUUGUGAGACUAAGGCAAUGA